GUUACAUGAUGUUCCACGUUGUAGAAUUGACGAAUACGUUGUCAGCUUUCCACGUCGCGAACGUUAGUGGAAGCCGGUUCUGUUGUUCGGAAGCAUUGUAGUCAGGUGUUGCGUCUGCCGAAGUGAGUGAUCUAUAAGUGUAAAAUCAAUAUUUAUAACAGAAACAAGAUUGCUGAACACUACAAAAAUGAAGAAAUGCUGCAUUUUUUUAUUAAUAUUCAUUUCGACAACUGUUCUCACAGUGAAUAAAGUUUAUGCUCAAGAAGAUGAAAACAUUGAUGACAUAGUAGACAUUGAAGGAGAAGAUAAUUCUGUAAUAACAGAUGAAGAGCCAGAAGAUGAAAUAACUACUACCUCAACUGACGUUGAUACAACUAUAUUGUUUACUAAACCUGUUUAUAAUGGAUUAUCAACCUUAGAAUUACCAGCUGGGAAUUUAGUUGAAUUACUUGUUGGCUUUGCCAAUAAAGGUGAUAAUGACUUCAUUUUGGAAUCUCUAGAUGCCUCUUUUCGUUAUGCAAUGGACUUCAACUUUUAUAUUCAAAAUUUUUCAACUGUUGCAUAUAACAAAAUUGUAAAGCCAAAACAUGAAGCAACUUUGGCUUAUUCAUUCAUUCCAUCAGAAAAUCUUGCUGGGAGACCAUUUGGUUUCAAUAUUAAUUUAAAUUAUAGAGAUACUAAUGGUGCUAGCUUCAGUGAAGCUGUUUAUAAUGAAACAGUUCAGAUUAUAGAACUAGAUGAUGGUCUUGAUGGAGAAACAGUUUUCUUGUAUGUAUUUCUAGCCGCAUGUGUGAUAUUAACCCUUGUAGGAGGGCAACAACUUCUUUCAUCUCUUGGUCGUAAAUCUCGAUCUUCUACUACUCGUAAGACACCUGUGGAAAUGGGCACAUCUAAUCCUAACAAUGUAGAUUAUGAUUGGUUGCCAAAAGAAACAUUAAAUAGAAUUAAUAAAUCUCCUAGGACUCCUAGACAAAGUCCUAGGCAACGAAGGACUAAAAAGACAGUUGAUGAUUAAAUUUUGUUAAUUGUGUGUAUGGGAAACUGUGAAAGUGAGCAUAUGUAUGUUCACGUAUAAACAUAUGUACAUGUAUGCAUAUAUUCUUAAUAAGUAUAUAUGUGAAUAAUAUACAUGGCUUUAUAAAAUAAUUUUCUAGUAACAAAUUUGUACAUUGUUUACUGAAUCAAGAAGACAGCAAUUAUUAUUGCUAUUUAAUUAAUAAACAAUUCAAAACAUAUUCAUCAUAAAAAAAUUAUAAAAUAAAUUUUGUAAUUUGUGUACAACUUAUGUUAGAAAAUCCUAAAUAUUAUUAUUAGCAAGAUAAAUACAAUCUAAUAAGGAUUAUAUGUGAAUUUUUUAUAUAACUUAUAAUGUUAAAAAAUUAUCAUUGUCAUGAAACACAUAAAUGUACAUA